CCCUCCUUGGCGUCUCCAUCACUCACCUUGCCUUCACCAUUAAGGGGACUGGGAUUUCAUGUCCUCUGGAGAAGCUUAAAACUCACCUUCCCAGUUGCAUUACAGACCCUGAGGACAAGUCUGAGGAUGCCUCCGAAGCCAUUCCUUUGCUCUCUCCUGCUUUCUGGGCUUUUACUUGGGUGUCUCCAGGUGCCAGGGUGUUCAGGGGCUCAGGGCAGAUUCGCCUACAAGCUGCUCAACGACUUGUUUGCCAACUAUUCCAACGCUUUGCGGCCGGCGGAAGACACGGAUCGGGCCCUCAACGUCACCCUUCAGGUCACGCUCUCUCAGAUCAUCGACAUGGACGAGAGGAACCAGAUCUUGACCGCCUACCUCUGGAUCCGGCAGGUCUGGGUGGACGCCUACCUGGGCUGGUCAAGGGAAGACUAUGAUGGGAUCGAUACUAUCCGGAUCCCAAGCAGCUAUGUCUGGAGGCCGGACAUCGUCCUUUAUAACAAUGCUGAUGACCAGUUCACCGGCUCCAUGGAGACCAACGUGGUGAUCCGCUACGACGGGCAGAUCAUGUGGGACUCUCCGGCCAUCACCAAGAGCUCCUGCAAGGUGGACGUCUCCUACUUCCCCUUUGACGGCCAGCAGUGCCGCCUGACCUUUGGCUCCUGGACCUACAACGGCAACCAGAUCGACAUCCUCAACAAGCAGGACACGGGGGACCUGACAGACUUUGUGGAGAACGUGGAGUGGGAGGUCCUGGGGAUGCCGGCCAAGCGGAACGUGAUCACCUACGGCUGCUGCUCGGAGCCCUACCCAGACGUCACCUACACGCUGCACCUCAAGAGGAGGGCCUCCUUCUACAUCUUCAACCUCCUCCUGCCCUGCGUCAUGAUCUCCUUCCUGGCCCCGCUGGGCUUCUACCUGCCGGCCGACUCUGGGGAGAAGGUCUCCUUGGGGGUGACCGUCCUUCUGGCCCUGACUGUCUUCCAGCUCCUGGUGGCCGAGAGCAUGCCCCCCUCCGAGAACGUCCCCCUCAUCGGGAAAUAUUACAUCGCCACCAUGACCAUGAUCACGGCCUCCACCGCCUUGACCAUCUUCAUCAUGAACAUCCAUCACUGCGGCCCCGGGGCCAAGCCUGUUCCUCAGUGGGCCAAGAAGCUCAUCCUCCAGUACAUGGCCCGCAUCUUCUUCGUCUAUGAAGUUGGUGAGAGUUGCAAAAGCCCCCGGCCGGAGACUGACCCCAAGGUCCAGGUGGCUAAUGGGAAGGCCACCGAGGAGGCGCCCAAGAGCAAGGGGAAGGUUGGCAGCAAAGGUGCUUCUCCUCGGAAAGAGGAAGCCCCACCACUUCAGUCUCCUUCUACAGAGCCAGUCUGGGGUGAAGCCGGGAAAUUUGUGGACCUGGAGAGGGGAGCCAGCGAGGGUCCGAAGGAGCCCCCGUGUGCCAAGAGCCGGUGCCUGUGCCAUCAUGGCAGCAUCCUCAGGAACGUGGAGUACAUUGCCAACUGCUUCCGGGACCAGAAGGCGGCUUCAAAGCGGACUGGGGAGUGGAAGAAAGUGGCCAAAGUGAUGGACCGCUUCUUCAUGUGGGUGUUUUUUGGCAUGGUCUUCAUCAUGAGCAUGCUGAUCAUGGGCCAGGCCAUCUGAGACUGCUGGAAAGCCAGGCAAAGCAGGGCAAAGCACCCCUUUGUCUGUCCUUGCUCCACACCUGGGGAUGCUCUCCAAGGUUUAGUCCUCCAAGGGAGUUGCAGAUCCCCUGGCACCGCGUCGCAUGGGCAACGACUGCCACCUCCAGAUCACUAGCUUUUGCAGCACUGGGGAAAGCAAAAUCGGCCACGUAUGAUGAAGAGGUUGAGCCCCAAGGUGUCUUCUGGGGCUGGAUAAUAAGUCUGGGGUGCAGGGGAAAGUCCUGGGCCAAGAAUUGUGAAGACCCCAUGAUUACAAAAAGCAUCGGACACAACAUGCAGGCGUAGGAGCCACACAAAGAGGGUUCACCCCAAUAGGAAUUGUGCCUCUCCUCCCAGGAAAUUUUCCUUCGACACCCCAAAUUUCCAGCAUUGCAGAGAGGGAGCCAUUGUGAUGCCU